ACCGUUAGUAACAAAAUUCUAAUAUUCCACAAGUGUUGCUGUGCACGUUUAUAUCAAUUUCGUUUUCUCCACAGUCGAUAGGUGAACAUUGAAAAUUGAAUUUGUUAUAUUAUUAAUUAGUGUUCAUUGCUGAAAGCAGUUAAACAUUUUGGCUGAAAGAAAAAUUAAAGUCAUUAUCAUCUAUUCAUUAUCUAUAAUUCAACUCCACUGCUUUAACUUAAGCUUACAAGAAACUAGAAACCCUAUUGAGCCAAAAAUAACCAGAAAGCCCACGUGUUCCAUAUCCGUUUGUUACCCUGAUUGAUUCAACUUUUACAAAAACAAUUUUAUAUUUGUAGUGUGAAAACGAGAAAAUUCUGAAUCCAUUGGUUGCUGAAUCUUUCCUAUUUAAGACUGAGACUUUUCCAAUAAGAAGAAUUAUUUAUCAAAAUCAUGGCCGCCGGAGAAUCAUCAUCAACGCGUUCACUGGAGAAUACACCGACAUGGGCUCUUGCUGUGGUUUGCUUCGUCAUCAUAUUCAUUUGCAUAAUCAUAGAACACUUUAUACAUCUUCUUACUCAGUGGCUAAAGAAACGUCGAAAAAAUGCGUUGAUUGGUGCAGUGGACAAGGUCAAAUCAGAAUUGAUGCUACUGGGCUUCAUGUCACUCAUAUUGGCGGUGACUCAAACCUACAUAUCUAACAUCUGCAUACCCACCAAGGCUGCUGACACUAUGCUUCCUUGUCGUAAAGCUGUUGUUGAAGCCGAAUCUCUUGAAGCCAAAAGUUUUGAGCACUAUGGGAUAAAAAAUAUCAAUGGAAACUUAUCAUCCAUGGAAGAUUUGUAUGAACAUAUGGUAUGGCAAACGAAUAGGCGACUACUAGCCGAUGACACUGAGGUUGAAGAUGAUGAUGAUGCUGGUGAAAUAGUUUCUGAUUCUUGCUCUUCCAAGGGAAAGGUUUCUUUGAUAUCAACAGAUGGGAUCCAACAGCUACAAAUAUUUAUUUUUGCUUUAGCAGUUAUGCAGAUUGUGUAUAGUGUUCUCACCAUGGCUCUGGGCAGGGCUAAGAUGAGGAGCUGGAAAACUUGGGAAAAAGAAACUCUCACAAUAGAGUACCAGGCUGCCAAUGAUCCGGAACGAUUCAGAUUGACAAGACAAACAACAUUCGGUAGAAGACAUGUUACUUCCUGUACAGAAACAUCAGCUCAACUCUGGACUAAAUGUUUUUUCAGGCAAUUCUUUCGUUCAGUAGCAAAAGUUGAUUAUCUCACCUUGAGACAUGGCUUCAUCUCGGCUCACAUGUCAUCAGCAAAGUAUAACCAUUACUUCAAUUUUCAAAGAUACAUACAACGAUCCUUAGAGGAAGACUUCAAGGUCGUCGUUGGAAUCAGCCCUCUAAUGUGGUUUAUUGUUGUCAUCUUCAUGCUUCUGCAAGUUCAUGGAUGGGAAAAAUUUUUUAUGGCAAUAUCGUUUCUUCCACUCUUGAUAGUCCUGCUUGUGGGAACCAAACUUGAAACAAUUGUGGCGAAAAUGGCUCUUCAAAUCAAUAAACGAACAGAUGUGAUCAAAGGAACUCCCCUGGUUGAACCUACGGAUAAGCUCUUCUGGUUUGGACGCCCACGAUUUGUUUUAAUUCUUCUUCAUUUUUCUCUAUUCCUGAAUGCAUUUGAGCUUGCCUUCUUCAUUUGGGUUUCGCAACAAUUUGGUGUAGACUCUUGCUACCACGACAAUACUGCUAUCACAGUAAAAAGGGUGGUCUUAGCCAUAGUCAUUCAAGUCCUGUGCAGCUACAUCACUCUUCCUCUAUAUGCUUUGGUGACACAGAUGGGUUCACAAUUCAGAAGUAGAGUACUGGAAGAACAAACAGCUAAGAUCAUAAAGCAAUGGCAUAGUGAAGUGAGGGAGAGGAGGAAGAACCAGGAGGAAUAUGGUUUACAGUCUCAUCCUGGGAUUUCUUUGUCUAAACAGUGGAGCUCCAAGAUGGGUAGUCCCAUUAAUGGAUUCUCUUCUCAGACCCUCCCAAAGCUGUUGUCAAGGCCUAAAGAUAGCAACAAUAAUCAGUCGGCUAACAAAGGAAAACUUGUACUUGUAGAUGAGGCAAGCUCAUCAAGGAGUCCAUCGCCGGUGGUGAGGGAAGAAAUGGCAAUGCUCAGGCGACACUAGGUUAAAAAGUUCGUCCAUUGAAAGAGGAAUAACAUAACGAGUCCAAAGUCUUUUUAUUAUGCUGAAUCUGCAUGAGGAAUAUGCAGAUAAAAAAGAAGAAAAUAAUUAGGUGGCAUAAACGUUAGUAAUCAUUUGUAUAUAAUUGUCACACUACAAAUUAUUUAUAGAUGUUGAAAGGGGAGAUCAGUUUGGUAGU